GGACCGUGAAACGGCCACACUGAAAACGGCAAGUUAACGACUUGUUUACUGGGCGUUUUUUUGCCGUUUUCAUAACGUUAACGCGCCGUUUUUUGUGUGACCGUUUACUGGAGAUUAACUGGCCGUUAACGGGCCCUUUUUUUGGACCUGGGUAUUUACAAGGAAAAUCGAAGUUAUAUCCAAAACAAUAGAAAAUGGAACAGAUUUAUACCUGUCGUUUUCUGAGAGUGCCAACUAUAUUUGAUUGCGAAUAAUGACUUGGAAGUAUUUUACUAUGCUUUGCUGAACGUGUUGCUUCACUUUUCCAAAAAGGAAUAUGGGGCAUAACUUAAGCAGAUAGUAGUGGGAUACUCUCCAUAAAAUUCUCGAUAUCUUUCGGAUUUUAACAUAUUAGUACUUUGUAUUUGUGCCGUUAUGUGUGUGAAAACGAUAUGUUUUAUUUUGAUGCUUAGCUGGCGAAUGUUGUGAAUAUUUAUAAUGUCGUACUUUCCUUCUUGCGAUACAUUACAACCCGAACAGAUAGACCCCGGUGAGGUAUAAAAAAACCCAAAAGGCUAUGUGCUGAUGGGCCUUCCCUCUAGAGUUACAGUCACUAUACUGGAAUUUUAGCCUAUUGCAUGAUAUCUAGCAAAAACACUAAUCACGAUAUUUCGACCUAAAAUUUUGCCCACAAGUAGGCCUACUAGUAACUAGAAUGGUCUGGAAAUUUCAGUGCAAAAGAAUGUUCCCUUCGUGAGAUAUUGAAUUUCCAAAAUCACUCAUGUUCUACGAAAAGAUUGGAGAAUGUCAGGUUUUGGGGAAACUCAAUAUCUUAUGAUGGAAACAUUUUUGGAACUGAAAUUUGCAGAACAUUCUAGUUACAAGUAGGCAUACUUGUGGGCAAAAUCUCAGGUCGAGAUAUCGUGAUUAGUGUUUUUGGUAGAUACCGUGCAAUAGGCUAAAAUUCCAGUAUAAUGACUGUAACUCUAGAGGGAAGGCCCAUCAGCACAUAGCCUUUUGGGUUUUUUUAUACCUCACCGGGGUCUAUCUUAUACACAUGCUCUGAACUUGAAAGCGGCUUGACAGUAUAAACUGUUCCAUUGUAAGCUUCUUUCCGGAUGAUUUAUGUGAAUUAACGACAUAACAAUUUCUAUCAGAUAUAAAAAAUAUAAUAAUAAUUGCAGCUGUUUUGAACUUCAUACCUUUAUUUGUUGAUAUUUCGACCUUUAACCGGUCAUUUUCAAAAACAUAAACAGAAACUGUCGUUACAGACUCGAAAGUCGUUGCCCUCGUACAGAGAUUCUAUCAGAUAUAUUUGUAUAAAGUUAGUUUAAAUUAAUUAACUAUACAGUUUAUAAAACUAGUUAAUAAUUUUUCUUAUUUUAUUUUCAAGAAUUCAGUCAAAUAUAAAAAGUUGUGUCUACGCUUAAUCGAAAUAUAUAGUCCAGAUAGUUGUAAAGAAAUUUCGUUCAGCAUUGCUGAACGAAAUUUCAACACUUCUUUGCUGAAUCAGCAAAGAAGUGUUGAAGACUAUACGUCAUAAAAAAUUUCAUAAUUUUACAUGAUAAAAACUCAUUGCAUACUAAGAUCAUCUACGCCUACAUCUUUUAUUUAGUAAUUCUUUAUAUUGAUUUGGGAGCAUGUCAGAGUUUAAAUUCUAAUUUAUUUUAUUUUGUAUAAUUUCUGUUUCUUUGAUUGUACUGUUGAUACACAUCGGCAUGUAUAUACUUCCAAUGUGUUCGUUUUAUUUUAACAGGCAUCUAUAAGAGCAAACAUUUUUCUGUUUAAAGGAUAAAAUCAGAAAGUAACAAAUUUUCAUCCAAUGUUGAUCUUUUAUAAAGGAGGCGAGUGCUCACUGUAAACUCAUUUCGUAUUGCACCAACUUCGCGUACUAACAUUACACUAACUAUAGUAUACCCAUUUCUAUCUUUCAUACUAGUUUAAAGUACACGAGUUGUACACGACGCUGAUCUAUUUUUUAGAAAAGCAGCUGUUUUACUUGUUGAUAAAUAUGGCUGCGAAUAUCGAUGACUUGCUUUUUUAGACCAUAGUCAUCGACAUUCGCAGCAUUUUUGUGACUCCCGCCGGACUUUUUUCCGGGACUUUGGCCGGGAGUCUCCCCUAGGGAAUGUAAUAUAAAGGAAAAAGGUUUUGGGACAUCUUAUGAAGAUCCCAAGGAGGCUGCAAGUAUUUCUUAUGGAUUCACCAUGAUAGAUUAUCUAUAUUCUGUAACUUUUAUUAUCAGAGAAUUUUGAUUGAUGUUAUCAAAAUUGACUGAUUUCGUAGCGACAUCUACCACCACCUACAGAAAAGGUUUGCUAUGGUUUUUCUCUCUCUAUAUCAGUAAAUAGAAUAUUAUUUCAGUCAUCUUUUUGAAUAUUUCCUCUUCCAUGUAAAAUAUAAUUUUCUACUUUUCUCUCUUGUAAUUGUGGUUGGCUUAUCCAUGGAAUAUCUAACAGUCAUUUUUCCGUGUUUUGCGCACAGAUACACAGACUGUCUGUGACAGACACACACACAGACAGACAACCAUUUCGUAAGACUCUAGACUAACGUCACGGGAAAAACCGAUGACUGUUCUUUGUUUGCCAUUCCAGAUUACGGUGUGCACGUUUUUCAAUUGCUGUAUGUUGGUUUUCUAUUUAUGCUUGUGUUUUUCAAAUGAUGGAAACAGGACUCCUGGACUUUUUCGUUCUUCAAGAAAGUCACUUUUUUAUAGAAAUGAUUUAACACCAGCUUUUUUGAGUACUAGUAUGGAAAAAAUACCCUGGCACAUAAAUACACCUGAAGCAGAAUUGUUAUCUUAGUUAGGUACUGAGUAUUUUUAUCGUUCAUGUAUGACGAUCCUUAUUUCUAUUACGUGAUUAGAUUUUCUCUAAGUAUCUCCAUUUAUGUUUUGGUUCAUAUCAUCAGAACUGGGAUUCAUCCCGAAACUUCAGAAACUCUUUGCUGUGUCGGAAAAAGUCUGAUAAAUCUCGAAGUUAUUUAGAAUUUGUAGAGUAGAAAAUUUGGAUAACUCAAUAUUUCCUACGUCCAGGAAAAAGCAGAAUGUGCGUGUUUUGGUGCUAUAAGUUCUUUACUGCCAUUCAGUAUAGAGCGAUAUUAUUUAGCGAAAGGCAGAUCUCUGUAGAUCUGUAACAUUUUUUUUAUGUCUUUAUGCAUUGGAAAAAAUUUUCACCUCCAUUCGACUUUAGAUUUUGAAUUUUUCGAUUCAGUUUUAAGAAAACAAGAAUCGAUUCCCCUUUGUUUUGUAAUGAUUUAGAAAGGAAAUAGCGAUGAAUGCUGAAAUGAAAGUUUAGAAUUCUUUUUAAUUCGAAUAUUGCUAAAUACUGGCUAAGUUUCACGAAAAUCUGAGAUGAUAUGGUAUAUUUUUCCAGUAAAAUUUAAGCUCCAUUUUUGGGAUGGCUGUAGUCUGUCAAGUUUUUUUGAAAAUUGUUAAAUGUCGCACUUAUUUCAUUUCAAAGAUUCAUUGUUUAUGCUCUUUUGGGAUUUGCAGAUAAAAAUGAAUGAGAAAAACUCAUGUGUUUAAAGUUGAAAUGACUUCCUUUGACUGUUCUGGAACGAUCGAAAGAAUAUUGAAAAAAAUCAUCUGAAAUAGGUUUUAAUUUCUUUUGUUUAUCUGAUGGAAAAUCAGUUUUGUUCUUUGUUUGUCCAUUCUCAUAAUUUUUUUGUAGAGCAAAGGUUUAUUUGUUGUACAUGGCACAGUUAUUAUCUGAUGAACAUGAAAUUCUGGAGGCAUACGAUAGUUCACUGAGUUCAUCAAGAAAAAUAAAGUAAGUUUGUAGCUGAAUAGAUGUGAAGAAGAAAAAAGUACAUUACUGUAUCAUUUUAGGCAUCCGAUUGCUUUGUUCUUCCAUAUGAUAUUUCGUUCAUUAGCUAUCGUUUCUUACUUUGUAUGUUCCUGGAGUUUUAUUAACAAGAGUUUUGCCGUAUGUUUUAUAGUUGUUAUUAUAUUUUUAUCAAUGGAUUUUUGGACAGUUAAAAAUAUUACCGGUAGAUUGUUAGCCGGUUUGCGAUGGUGGAAUUAUGUUGAUGAUACUGGAGAAAGUCAUUGGAUUUUUGAAGCAAAAAAGGGUGUACAGAAAAAUGCCAUCUCAGCAUUGGAAUCAAACAUUUUCUGGUUAUCAUUAAUUUUUACCGUUCUUUUAUGGAUCAUAUUCACCAUCACGACAUUAUUCUCUCCUACAUAUAUCUUAAUUACAGGUGUAGCAUUGGUACUGAACAUUGCUAAUUUGUAUGGAUUUAUAAGAUGUAAAUUUGGGUCAAACGAAAAACUAUCCGAUGUUGCUGGAAGCUAUAUACGAGGACAAAUGUUUAAAACAGUGUUAUCGAAUGUCUCCGGAGGCUCUGGACAACAGCAGUCAACUACUACCUCGUCAUCUGGCCAACAACAAUCACCACAAAAUGAAACCAUGCUUCGACCUUAA